UGGCGGUAUUUGCUAAACGGCCUAUGGUGUCUGCUUGAGGACCAAAAGCAUUAAACGGAGGCACCGUGCCACAGAACAAGGGACUGGCAACGUUUAUAUUGAAUAUUCACCUAAUAGUCGUUUAAAACAAUUAAACAGAACCGUGAUUUGUAUCCUGAAAGAAGCGUAGUUGUGCUGGAAGACGCUGGGAAGCUAACUUGCGUUAGCUGCCUACUAACUUUAAUAGUGUCAGAGGAAUAUCCAUAAAAAAGAAGCUCAUCAGUUGGAGCAGAGGAAGACAGCAGGACUUGCAGGGAUUCUGACAUCCCUUAUCAUCAUAGGGCCCUGAGAUGACAUCACAGCAGCCUCAGCUCCCCAAUGCUGCUCUUCCUCCCCAGCUCGCCCACAACUCCUCUCCUCAGCAGGCCCGGCCUCACAUUCACGCUAAUCAGCUGGACUCGAGUCACAGCAGUGGCCCCCUGGACCACCGAGCUCUGACGGGCAGGCCCGGCUGCUCCGGCGCGGCCGCAAACAGCAGCGAGGCCACUAACAGGAACGUUUCGGCCUCCUGCCACAACUCCAGCUCGUCCAGAAGAGAUGGGAGCUUCGAGCCUUGGCCCGAGGAAGCGGUGGACAACUCCCACGGGCUGUAUUCACUCCACCGCAUGUUUGACAUAGUGGGAGCCCAGCUGACUCAUAGGGACGUCAGGGUACUGUCGUUUCUGUUUGUGGACGUGAUCGACGAGUACGAGCGAGGCGGCAUCAGGAGUGGAAGGGAUUUCCUGCUUGCCUUAGAGCGCCAGGGUCGCUGCGACGAGACCAACUUCAGACACGUGCUCCAGCUUCUGAGGAUUAUCACCCGCCACGACCUGUUACCUUAUGUCACACUCAGGAAACGACAGGCCGUGUGUCCAGACCCUGUUGACAAGUAUCUGGAAGAGACAUCAGUACGUUACAUUUCACCCAGAGGAGCAGUACAGAGCAGGGACGCAGCGCCUCACAGAAGGACUGGUCCUCAGCCAGUCAUUUGCUGUUCCUCGUCAGGACCUCAUGUUGGCCCACCCAGAACAAAGCCAGCUACUCCUGUAUCCAACCGCAAACGGAAGAGAAGUCAUUCCUCAGCUGACUGCAGAGAGAAGCAAACAUGUGAUAUUCGCCUACGGGUUCGUGCUGAAUACUGCCAGCAUGAAUCUGCGCUUCAGGGCAAUGUCUUCUCCAACAAGCAGGAGGCAGUGGAGCGGCAGUUCGAGCGCUUCAACCAGGCCAACACUAUCCUUAAAUCCCGAGACUUGGGCUCCAUCAUCUGUGACAUCAAAUUCUCCGAGCUUACCUACUUGGAUGCCUUCUGGAGGGACUACAUUAACGGAUCAUUGCUAGAGGCCCUUAAAGGGGUCUUCAUUACAGAUUCCCUAAAACAGGCUGUGGGCCACGAGGCUAUAAAACUGUUGGUCAAUGUAGACGAGGAGGACUACCAGGCGGGUCGACGCAAACUGCUCCGUAAUUUGGUCACAAGUGGAGGGGCUCUCCCAGGAAGUAGCAAAGACUGUGUGUCUUAGAUGCACUCUCCAGCUGAUGGCAUUGGGGAGGAACACUGCUGUGCUUCCCUGGCAGGGGGAUAGAGUGAGAUGUGGUGGUGUCGUUUGAGGUGCCUGAAGUGCGUGCCUAAAAGAAACUCAACAAUUUCCAGCCAGUCCAUUGAUUCCUUGAGAGCUAAGAUGGGAGGAUAUGUAGUUGUCACCCCUAAGCGUAGCAUGCGAGGUGAUCGGGAACUAUGUCAGCAAACAGUAGGCAAUGCAUCUAGGUUGACGUCAUUUUGAAAAUGAAGCUGUUCAUUUUUCUUCAAAGGAGGAAGAUGCUGAUCUCACGUGCAUUACAUUUAAAGAGGACUUUGUUAUUUCUGGUAUAUUAGCUCAUUGAAACACAUUUGUUGACUCCCAUGAUGCUCUUUAACUCGUUGAAAAGCAGUUAUUACAGAAAACGUGCUUAAAGCUGACAAGUUACUCCCAGUGGGAGCUGUACUUAAUUGUCAAAAUGGUUCAUUUUUGGUGAAAAUUUUUCAGUUUUUUCAAGGUACAUUUACAGAUUGAUUGGAUUAACCCAAUCAGAAAGUGUUCUGUGUGUUAUAGAAAGGCACAGACUGUAGUAAGACUUACACUUAGUUUUCUCUGUUUCUGUCAUCUUAUUAUCCUACUUUCCCAAACAUUUUAACACUUUCCUUGUCUGUAAAGAUGGACCCUUUUUAGAGUAUUUUUUAUUGGCCCAUAUUUGGUCACUGGACAUCAUUUGCUGUGUCUGAAAUCACUCCCUGUAUACUAAACAGUGCACUAUAUUUACCUUCUGCCAUUUUUUCUGAGUGUCUGAGUGUGUAGAUGUAUCCACAAUAAAUAUAGUGUCCUCAAACUUUCUACAAUGGAAUGAAACAGUACUUUCUGCUAACAAUGCCACAAUGCAGUGUAGCGCAUUUAAUAGAUGCAAACAUUACUUUUGUGACCUAACAGCUGAUACUAACAAUGGUAAGUGUCUAAUAUCUCAACUUACUGCUCGAUAUUGAAUAAAUGACUGGGUGUGUUUUAUAAAGGGAGGAGUGAACGAGUGAUUUCUGACACAGCCGGUGUGUCUUGGCUUUCUUUUAACAAAAUCUCACGAAAGUCUCUAAUUACCUUUUGUUGGGCGAUAUAUUGUCCCAGAAAUAAUCGCGGUAAACAAUAUUAUUGUCAUUUUAAGACCAUUUUAUGCCACAGUUGCAGUUAACUUGGUAACACUUGUUUGAAAUGCCAUAUGUACCCCCCUACCUUCACUUACAGCAUACCUGCAGCCUGCCUACAUAUCGCACACACCCCAUUAUUUUUGGGUUUCUAGAAUUGUCAGGAUAUCAGGUUUUUAUUUGUCGGGGCGAGUGUCAUGCUCACACCAAAAAAAAAGAAAAAAAGGGAUUUUAUGAGUUAAAUGUAAACACACCUGAGUCCUUUUCUGUUUUGUCUUAAAAAAAAAAGAAAGAGACAGAUUUCCAACCACCACAUUAGUAUUGUUCAGAUUGUACAUUUCACGUGCUGUUAUGCUCUUCUCUUGUCAGUAGGUGGUAGUGUUUAGCCGUGAUUCCUCGAGGGACCGGAGUUUGAGGGUCCUGUUCCAAAUCCUAAAGCAAACACAACAUAUUCCUUCUCACUACUGUUUACAACUUUUUCCAGGUUUGUAGGGAUGCAUAGUCUCUCAGAAAUCAACAUGAAACAAUUUAGUCAUGUUCCCUCAGAGUACAAUGAUGUUUUGUUAAAUGAUAUUAAUUAAAAACAAGCAGUGAAUUGCCCGUCUCAUGUAUCCUAAGGUGCCAUCUAUGUACUGGGUUUUUUCCUCAGCUGUGGUUAGAUUAUCCUCCUGUAAACAUACACGCAUUUAAACACAAUGGGCAAUAUAGAGGUUGGCAAAAAUGAUGGAGGUCCAUAUUUCAUCCAGUAAAUUGAUAAUGUAAUGAUUGUGA